CCGUAGAUGACAUUCGGAGAUGCUUGCUUGAUUAGAGCUGGACUUUAAAUCAAAAUUCUUUUAUAAAAUGUGUAACUUAAACAUUGGAGUACUGGAAUGUUAACAGCCAUGUAUCACUGUAAUAUGUUUUGGUUUGGACUGAGUGUUGUGAUGUCCUUUUUUGGAAACUCAUAUGAACAGCAUUCAGAACAUUUAGUUGUGGCUCAUGAUGUAUAUCCUGGAUACAGCAUAAAGAAGUUAAUAAAUAGGGGUCAGUCAUUUAGUCUUAUCAAUAAUGAAUUUUCAAAUUAUUUUACCAUAUUCAGUGAUGGUGUUCUGGUUCCAACAGCUAGUAUAGCUCAUUUUAUAGAUUCCCCAUUUACUUUGAUUGUUAGAGAAGAUUAUCCUAACAGAACUGUAGAAAAAAAUUUAAUCAUUCAUGUAAUGGACAAAGACAAGAUGUUAAAAUUUAUAAAGGAUACAUAUUUAGGAAGUGUAACAGAGAAUGAACCAAAAGGUUCUGAAGUAGAAGGUUUGGAUUUAUUUUUUGCAACAACUGAUCCAAAGGAUCAAGUAAAAUAUCAGUUUAUAGAUGGAAAUGAAGAUAAUUCAUUUUCGAUCAGGCAACAAUCAGCAAAUGAUACAAAUCUCAUUAUAUAUACAAAUAAUUCAUUGGAUCGUGAAACUAGAGAGGAAUACAAUCUGACUUUAGAAGCAUCUAAUAGUAAAGGUGAUAGUGCAAAGACUUUCAUUAGGAUAAAAGUUGAGGAUGUAAAUGAUAAUCCUCCUCAUUUAUUAAAGAAUAGUUAUAAAUUCCAAAUACCAGAUUCUACAGAGCUACACAAAGUUAUUGGAAAGAUAAUUGCAGUGGAUGCUGAUGGUGAUCAACCUGUAUAUCAUUUUUCAAAAAAGCAUUCGGUGUUUACUAUUAUUCCAAAAACAGGACAGAUAUUAUUAUUGGAAAAACCACAGCUGAAAACUUACAAAUUCCUAGUGGAAGCUCACGAUAAUCGUAAACCACGUUUAACAAGUAAUCCUGUUCCAGUUAUAAUUGAAGUAUACAGCCAUAAGAAAGUCAACGAAAAUACAAUAGAAAAUCAAGUUAUAUUAGUGCGUAGUAAAAGAUCGGGUAGACCUACAAAGACUUAUAAAUAUAAAGAAACAGAUGGAAGUAUCAAGGGUAAAAUAAUGUUUCAUCUAGAGAAACGAAAUAACGAAGAAACAUUUAAAUUAGAAGGUAUAAAUCGUUGGAUAGACAUUGAGGAAAAUGGAAGUAUUAAAGUAAAGGAACCUUGGGACUACGAACAGUUAGAAAAAGAAAAAACUAUAGAUUUUUGGGUUUUAAUAGGUAUUCCAGGAUUUCAAGAACAUGAAAAACAGCGUGUUAUUAUUCACGUGAAAGAUGUCAACGAUGAGAGUCCUUAUUUUAUAAAUAGACCUCUACCUAUACAAUUAAAUGCACCUCCAGGUACUCCUGUUUUCAAAUUAGAAGCUAGGGAUCCUGACCAAGAUCAUGAUAUACAUUAUUACUUAGUUAUGGAUCGAACUGGUGGCAGAUUUGAAGUUGACGAAAGAUCUGGAGAGGUACGAACAUUAGGAAGUGAUCCUUUCAUGUUGAAUAAAGAAUAUGUAUUGGAUGUAAAAGCACAAGAUCAAAAUGGACGAAUGGAAAGUGGUAGUGGCACUCUGCAUUAUCAAUCGACUGGAGAGAAAAGGUUAUCUAUAAUGGGAGGGAAAAGACCACCUCAGUUCUAUAUGUCAGAUUAUGAAGUAACCAUUCCUGAAAAUCAAAAGAAAGAUUUUGAUAUUAUUGAAGUGAAAGCAAAAUCAUUUGCAGAUAGAGAGAUUAGAUAUAGAUUAAGAACUCAAGGUAAAGGUGUUGGAACUUUCUAUAUUGAUCCUAUAACAGGAGGAGUAAAAUUAGCAAAAGAUUUGGAUUAUGAGGAUUUACGACAACUAAAGACAUAUUAUCUUAUUGUUACUGCAACUGAAGAUUCUAGCGGAUUUUCCACACAUGUUGAGCUGAUAAUAAAAGUAACUGAUGUAAAUGAUAAUUCACCAAGAUUCGAAUUACCAGAUUAUCAAGCUCAUAAUGUUCCUGAAGAUGUAAAAAUUGGAACUUCAAUUUUACAAGUUUCUGCUGCUGACGUGGAUCAAGGGAAAAAUUCUGAAAUUGAAUAUUCUAUAGAUAAAGAUGAAUUUACAAUUGAUAAUAAAGGCAUUAUUCGUUCCAAUAAGAGAUUUGAUGCAGAUAUUACGAAUGCAUAUGUUUUAACAGUCAGAGCUACAGAUCAAGGAGAUCCUCCUUUAACUGGAACAGCAACAGUACGAGUUUAUAUAGAAAACAAAAAUGAUGAAUCACCAAAAUUUAGCCUAGAUGUAUAUACACCCGACGUAAAUAUUCUGAAACAUUUAAUUAAUUUUAUUUUAUUAUUUUUUUCUCAUGGCUUCAAAAUUUUGAUGAUGAUAUGCAUUCUUAAACAUUGGAGUACUGGAAUGUUAACAGCCAUGUAUCACUGUAAUAUGUUUUGGUUUGGACUGAGUGUUGUGAUGUCCUUUUUUGGAAACUCAUAUGAACAGCAUUCAGAACAUUUAGUUGUGGCUCAUGAUGUAUAUCCUGGAUACAGCAUAAAGAAGUUAAUAAAUAGGGGUCAGUCAUUUAGUCUUAUCAAUAAUGAAUUUUCAAAUUAUUUUACCAUAUUCAGUGAUGGUGUUCUGGUUCCAACAGCUAGUAUAGCUCAUUUUAUAGAUUCCCCAUUUACUUUGAUUGUUAGAGAAGAUUAUCCUAACAGAACUGUAGAAAAAAAUUUAAUCAUUCAUGUAAUGGACAAAGACAAGAUGUUAAAAUUUAUAAAGGAUACAUAUUUAGGAAGUGUAACAGAGAAUGAACCAAAAGGUUCUGAAGUAGAAGGUUUGGAUUUAUUUUUUGCAACAACUGAUCCAAAGGAUCAAGUAAAAUAUCAGUUUAUAGAUGGAAAUGAAGAUAAUUCAUUUUCGAUCAGGCAACAAUCAGCAAAUGAUACAAAUCUCAUUAUAUAUACAAAUAAUUCAUUGGAUCGUGAAACUAGAGAGGAAUACAAUCUGACUUUAGAAGCAUCUAAUAGUAAAGGUGAUAGUGCAAAGACUUUCAUUAGGAUAAAAGUUGAGGAUGUAAAUGAUAAUCCUCCUCAUUUAUUAAAGAAUAGUUAUAAAUUCCAAAUACCAGAUUCUACAGAGCUACACAAAGUUAUUGGAAAGAUAAUUGCAGUGGAUGCUGAUGGUGAUCAACCUGUAUAUCAUUUUUCAAAAAAGCAUUCGGUGUUUACUAUUAUUCCAAAAACAGGACAGAUAUUAUUAUUGGAAAAACCACAGCUGAAAACUUACAAAUUCCUAGUGGAAGCUCACGAUAAUCGUAAACCACGUUUAACAAGUAAUCCUGUUCCAGUUAUAAUUGAAGUAUACAGCCAUAAGAAAGUCAACGAAAAUACAAUAGAAAAUCAAGUUAUAUUAGUGCGUAGUAAAAGAUCGGGUAGACCUACAAAGACUUAUAAAUAUAAAGAAACAGAUGGAAGUAUCAAGGGUAAAAUAAUGUUUCAUCUAGAGAAACGAAAUAACGAAGAAACAUUUAAAUUAGAAGGUAUAAAUCGUUGGAUAGACAUUGAGGAAAAUGGAAGUAUUAAAGUAAAGGAACCUUGGGACUACGAACAGUUAGAAAAAGAAAAAACUAUAGAUUUUUGGGUUUUAAUAGGUAUUCCAGGAUUUCAAGAACAUGAAAAACAGCGUGUUAUUAUUCACGUGAAAGAUGUCAACGAUGAGAGUCCUUAUUUUAUAAAUAGACCUCUACCUAUACAAUUAAAUGCACCUCCAGGUACUCCUGUUUUCAAAUUAGAAGCUAGGGAUCCUGACCAAGAUCAUGAUAUACAUUAUUACUUAGUUAUGGAUCGAACUGGUGGCAGAUUUGAAGUUGACGAAAGAUCUGGAGAGGUACGAACAUUAGGAAGUGAUCCUUUCAUGUUGAAUAAAGAAUAUGUAUUGGAUGUAAAAGCACAAGAUCAAAAUGGACGAAUGGAAAGUGGUAGUGGCACUCUGCAUUAUCAAUCGACUGGAGAGAAAAGGUUAUCUAUAAUGGGAGGGAAAAGACCACCUCAGUUCUAUAUGUCAGAUUAUGAAGUAACCAUUCCUGAAAAUCAAAAGAAAGAUUUUGAUAUUAUUGAAGUGAAAGCAAAAUCAUUUGCAGAUAGAGAGAUUAGAUAUAGAUUAAGAACUCAAGGUAAAGGUGUUGGAACUUUCUAUAUUGAUCCUAUAACAGGAGGAGUAAAAUUAGCAAAAGAUUUGGAUUAUGAGGAUUUACGACAACUAAAGACAUAUUAUCUUAUUGUUACUGCAACUGAAGAUUCUAGCGGAUUUUCCACACAUGUUGAGCUGAUAAUAAAAGUAACUGAUGUAAAUGAUAAUUCACCAAGAUUCGAAUUACCAGAUUAUCAAGCUCAUAAUGUUCCUGAAGAUGUAAAAAUUGGAACUUCAAUUUUACAAGUUUCUGCUGCUGACGUGGAUCAAGGGAAAAAUUCUGAAAUUGAAUAUUCUAUAGAUAAAGAUGAAUUUACAAUUGAUAAUAAAGGCAUUAUUCGUUCCAAUAAGAGAUUUGAUGCAGAUAUUACGAAUGCAUAUGUUUUAACAGUCAGAGCUACAGAUCAAGGAGAUCCUCCUUUAACUGGAACAGCAACAGUACGAGUUUAUAUAGAAAACAAAAAUGAUGAAUCACCAAAAUUUAGCCUAGAUGUAUAUACACCCGACGUAAAUAUUCUGAAACAUUUAAUUAAUUUUAUUUUAUUAUUUUUUUCUCAUGGCUUCAAAAUUUUGAUGAUGAUAUGCAUUCUUAAACAUUGGAGUACUGGAAUGUUAACAGCCAUGUAUCACUGUAAUAUGUUUUGGUUUGGACUGAGUGUUGUGAUGUCCUUUUUUGGAAACUCUUAUGAACAGCAUUCAGAACAUUUAGUUGUGGCUCAUGAUGUAUAUCCUGGAUACAUCAUAAAGAAGUUAAUAAAUAAGGGUCAGUCAUUUAGUCUUAUCAAUAAUAAAUUUUCAAAUUAUUUUACCAUAUUCAGUGAUGGUGUUCUGGUUCCAACAGCUAGUAUAGCUCAUUUUAUAGAUUCCUCAUUUACUUUGAUUGUUAGAGAAGAUUAUCCUAACAGAACUGUAGAAAAAAAUUUAAUCAUUCAUGUUAUGGAAAAAGACAAGAUGUUAAAAUUUAUAAAGGAUACAUAUUUAGGAAGUGUAACAGAGAAUGAACCAAAAGGUUCUGAAGUAGAAGGUUUGGAUUUAUUUUUUGCAACAACUGAUCCAAAGGAUCAAGUAAAAUAUCAGUUUAUAGAUGGAAAUGAAGAUAAUUCGUUUUCGAUCAGGCAACAAUCAGCAAAUGACACAAAUCUCAUUAUAUAUACAAAUAAUUCAUUGGAUCGUGAAACUAGAGAGGAAUACAAUCUGACUUUAGAAGCAUCUAAUAGUAAAGGUGAUAGUGCAAAGACUUUCAUUAGGAUAAAAGUUGAGGAUGUAAAUGAUAAUCCUCCUCAUUUAUUAAAGAAUAGUUAUAAAUUCCAAAUACCAGAUUCUACAGAGCUACACAAAGUUAUUGGAAAGAUAAUUGCAGUGGAUGCUGAUGGUGAUCAACCUGUAUAUCAUUUUUCAAAAAAGCAUUCGGUGUUUACUAUUAUUCCAAAAACAGGACAGAUAUUAUUAUUGGAAAAACCACAGCUGAAAACUUACAAAUUCCUAGUGGAAGCUCACGAUAAUCGUAAACCACGUUUAACAAGUAAUCCUGUUCCAGUUAUAAUUGAAGUAUACAGCCAUAAGAAAGUCAACGAAAAUACAAUAGAAAAUCAAGUUAUAUUAGUGCGUAGUAAAAGAUCGGGUAGACCUACAAAGACUUAUAAAUAUAAAGAAACAGAUGGAAGUAUCAAGGGUAAAAUAAUGUUUCAUCUAGAGAAACGAAAUAACGAAGAAACAUUUAAAUUAGAAGGUAUAAAUCGUUGGAUAGACAUUGAGGAAAAUGGAAGUAUUAAAGUAAAGGAACCUUGGGACUACGAACAGUUAGAAAAAGAAAAAACUAUAGAUUUUUGGGUUUUAAUAGGUAUUCCAGGAUUUCAAGAACAUGAAAAACAGCGUGUUAUUAUUCACGUGAAAGAUGUCAACGAUGAGAGUCCUUAUUUUAUAAAUAGACCUCUACCUAUACAAUUAAAUGCACCUCCAGGUACUCCUGUUUUCAAAUUAGAAGCUAGGGAUCCUGACCAAGAUCAUGAUAUACAUUAUUACUUAGUUAUGGAUCGAACUGGUGGCAGAUUUGAAGUUGACGAAAGAUCUGGAGAGGUACGAACAUUAGGAAGUGAUCCUUUCAUGUUGAAUAAAGAAUAUGUAUUGGAUGUAAAAGCACAAGAUCAAAAUGGACGAAUGGAAAGUGGUAGUGGCACUCUGCAUUAUCAAUCGACUGGAGAGAAAAGGUUAUCUAUAAUGGGAGGGAAAAGACCACCUCAGUUCUAUAUGUCAGAUUAUGAAGUAACCAUUCCUGAAAAUCAAAAGAAAGAUUUUGAUAUUAUUGAAGUGAAAGCAAAAUCAUUUGCAGAUAGAGAGAUUAGAUAUAGAUUAAGAACUCAAGGUAAAGGUGUUGGAACUUUCUAUAUUGAUCCUAUAACAGGAGGAGUAAAAUUAGCAAAAGAUUUGGAUUAUGAGGAUUUACGACAACUAAAGACAUAUUAUCUUAUUGUUACUGCAACUGAAGAUUCUAGCGGAUUUUCCACACAUGUUGAGCUGAUAAUAAAAGUAACUGAUGUAAAUGAUAAUUCACCAAGAUUCGAAUUACCAGAUUAUCAAGCUCAUAAUGUUCCUGAAGAUGUAAAAAUUGGAACUUCAAUUUUACAAGUUUCUGCUGCUGACGUGGAUCAAGGGAAAAAUUCUGAAAUUGAAUAUUCUAUAGAUAAAGAUGAAUUUACAAUUGAUAAUAAAGGCAUUAUUCGUUCCAAUAAGAGAUUUGAUGCAGAUAUUACGAAUGCAUAUGUUUUAACAGUCAGAGCUACAGAUCAAGGAGAUCCUCCUUUAACUGGAACAGCAACAGUACGAGUUUAUAUAGAAAACAAAAAUGAUGAAUCACCAAAAUUUAGCCUAGAUGUAUAUACACCCGACGUAAAUAUUCUGAAACAUUUAAUUAAUUUUAUUUUAUUAUUUUUUUCUCAUGGCUUCAAAAUUUUGAUGAUGAUAUGCAUUCCAAAUGACACAAAUCUCAUUAUAUAUACAAAUAAUUCAUUGGAUCGUGAAACUAGAGAGGAAUACAAUCUGACUUUAGAAGCAUCUAAUAGUAAAGGUGAUAGUGCAAAGACUUUCAUUAGGAUAAAAGUUGAGGAUGUAAAUGAUAAUCCUCCUCAUUUAUUAAAGAAUAGUUAUAAAUUCCAAAUACCAGAUUCUACAGAGCUACAUAAAGUUAUUGGAAAAAUAAUUGCAGUGGAUGCUGAUGGUGAUUAACCUGUAUAUUAUUUUUCAAAAAAGCAUUCAGUGUUUAUUAUUAUUCCAAAAACAGGAGAGAUAUUAUUAUUGGAAAAACCGCAGCUGAAACACAAAUUCCUAGUGGAAGCUCACGAUAAUCGUAAACCACGUUUAACAAGUAAUCCUGUUCCAGUUAUAAUUGAAGUAUACAGCCAUAAGAAAGUCAACGAAAAUACAAUAGAAAAUCAAGUUAUAUUAGUGCGUAGUAAAAGAUCGGGUAGACCUACAAAGACUUAUAAAUAUAAAGAAACAGAUGGAAGUAUCAAGGGUAAAAUAAUGUUUCAUCUAGAGAAACGAAAUAACGAAGAAACAUUUAAAUUAGAAGGUAUAAAUCGUUGGAUAGACAUUGAGGAAAAUGGAAGUAUUAAAGUAAAGGAACCUUGGGACUACGAACAGUUAGAAAAAGAAAAAACUAUAGAUUUUUGGGUUUUAAUAGGUAUUCCAGGAUUUCAAGAACAUGAAAAACAGCGUGUUAUUAUUCACGUGAAAGAUGUCAACGAUGAGAGUCCUUAUUUUAUAAAUAGACCUCUACCUAUACAAUUAAAUGCACCUCCAGGUACUCCUGUUUUCAAAUUAGAAGCUAGGGAUCCUGACCAAGAUCAUGAUAUACAUUAUUACUUAGUUAUGGAUCGAACUGGUGGCAGAUUUGAAGUUGACGAAAGAUCUGGAGAGGUACGAACAUUAGGAAGUGAUCCUUUCAUGUUGAAUAAAGAAUAUGUAUUGGAUGUAAAAGCACAAGAUCAAAAUGGACGAAUGGAAAGUGGUAGUGGCACUCUGCAUUAUCAAUCGACUGGAGAGAAAAGGUUAUCUAUAAUGGGAGGGAAAAGACCACCUCAGUUCUAUAUGUCAGAUUAUGAAGUAACCAUUCCUGAAAAUCAAAAGAAAGAUUUUGAUAUUAUUGAAGUGAAAGCAAAAUCAUUUGCAGAUAGAGAGAUUAGAUAUAGAUUAAGAACUCAAGGUAAAGGUGUUGGAACUUUCUAUAUUGAUCCUAUAACAGGAGGAGUAAAAUUAGCAAAAGAUUUGGAUUAUGAGGAUUUACGACAACUAAAGACAUAUUAUCUUAUUGUUACUGCAACUGAAGAUUCUAGCGGAUUUUCCACACAUGUUGAGCUGAUAAUAAAAGUAACUGAUGUAAAUGAUAAUUCACCAAGAUUUGAAUUACCAGAUUAUCAAGCUCAUAAUGUUCCUGAAGAUGUAAAAAUUGGAACUUCAAUUUUACAAGUUUCUGCUGCUGACGUGGAUCAAGGGAAAAAUUCUGAAAUUGAAUAUUCUAUAGAUAAAGAUGAAUUUACAAUUGAUAAUAAAGGCAUUAUUCGUUCCAAUAAGAGAUUUGAUGCAGAUAUUACGAAUGCAUAUGUUUUAACAGUCAGAGCUACAGAUCAAGGAGAUCCUCCUUUAACUGGAACAGCAACAGUACGAGUUUAUAUAGAAAACAAAAAUGAUGAAUCACCAAAAUUUAGCCUAGAUGUAUAUACACCCGACGUAAAUAUUCUGAAACAUUUAAUUAAUUUUAUUUUAUUAUUUUUUUCUCAUGGCUUCAAAAUUUUGAUGAUGAUAUGCAUUCGUUAAGUUCUCUCAACCGACAGAAAAUUAUGAAAUUUUGACUGAUGAUGGACUAACUAUGCAAUAUUCUUUACUCGUGUCAGAAAAGAUU